CUGUCUCGAAUUAGUCGGUUUGCCAGUCCUAACAGUUGUGCCUAUCGGAACAAUGGGGUUGAGAGUGCUCUUUAUUUUGUCUUUCAUUGCUAUCGUACAAUGCAAAUUGGUACCGUUGUCAUGUAAACAAAUCCGUGCGUUCGUCGAUGGCCACAAUUCCCGACGUCUUCAGGUAGCCAAAGGAAAACUGCCUGGACAACCGGCUGCGUCUGAAAUGAAGAUGAUGGUAUGGGAUGAGGAGUUGCAAGCUAAAGCGUCGAAGUGGGUGAUAAAAAAUCUUAAUUAUCACAACCCGGAGAGAUCUGUCCAGUCCGGAAGAUUUAAAACAGGUGAAAAUUUAUAUUGGUAUUCCACAACCGUUAAUAGAUACGAACUGGAACCAGAUUCCGCUAUUCAGUCGUGGUUCAGUGAAAACGUAAACUUCACUUUUGGUCCUCUACAGCCCAGCGAUUUUGAUAACUCCAAAGACUACGAUAUUGGACAUUACACUCAGAUGGUGUGGGCCAAUAGCAAUUACCUGGGUUGCGCAAUAUCCCAACAGUUCAAGAAGGGGUGGAACAAAUUCUUCGUCGCCUGUAACUACGGACCAGAAGGUAAUUAUUUAGGUAAAAAGCCGUAUAAGGUGAGCGAUGGUCCUAGUGGAAAAUUAAUCUGUGGCGCCAAGAAUUGUGACCAGCCAUAUGGCCCAAAAUGUAGAAAAUUAUAACACCAGACAAUGUGGAUGCUGAAAAUUAAGUUGUGUUUUAAGGUUUAAACUUUAAUAAAGUAUAUUAAUUUAAUA